GGCCCCUCCUCGCGCCUGCUGCUCCCCCUCCCAGUUCUCGCUCCUCUCGACACUCGUCAGGAUGGACGUCGUAAAUCAGCUGGUGGCCCAGGGUCAGUUCAGGGUGCUGAAGGUUCCUCUGGGCUUCAUUAAGAUCCUAGAAUGGUUCUUCGCCAUCUUUGCCUUCUCCACCUGCGGCAGUUAUUCUGGGAUGUUCAAGAUUUUGGUGGAGUGCAAGAACCGGACGCACAGCGACCUGAGUAUAGAGGUGGAGUUUGAGUAUCCAUUCAGACUCCACCAAGAGUAUUUUGACGCCCCCAACUGUAAGGAUGGCACCAAGGAUCGUAUUUUCCUGGUGGGCGACUACUCUUCCUCGGCCGAAUUCUUUGUCACCAUCGGCGUCUUCGCCUUCCUCUACUCCACAGCGGCUCUCAGCAUCUACGUCUUCUUCUUUGAGAAGUACAAGGAGAACAACAAGGGCCCGCUGAUUGAUCUGGGAGUGACCGGAGUGUUUGCCUUCAUGUGGCUGGUGAGUUCAGCGGCCUGGGCCAAAGGCCUGUCUGACGUCAAGACUGCGACCGACCCGGAUGAUGUCAUCACUAUGAUCCCCGCCUGUGAAGUCAAUGGGAACAAGUGCCGCGAGGUCCACGAUCCGGUCAUGUCUGGACUCAACACCUCUGUGGCAUUUGGAUUCAUUAACCUAGUCCUGUGGGUGGGAAACCUCUGGUUCGUCUUUAAGGAGACGGGCAUCAUCGCUCCCUUCAUGCGGGCUCCGCCUCCUCAGGCGAAACCUGCUGCACCUGAUGCCUACGGCCAGCAGGGGGCCUACGAACAGGACCCAUACGCCAGCAACCAGGGAGGCUACCAACCUGACUACAGCCAGCAGGGGUACAACCAGGAAGCGCAGUAUGGUCAAGGCUACGGCCAGCAGGGGGCGCCCACCUCCUUCUCCAAUCAGAUGUAGGCGGAAGGAAGCAGGAAGCGUCAGAGUGAACCAACAGUGGGUCGCCUGCAACCUACCCACAAUGCAACACUCCUGGCUGCAAAGUUAAUGGGUGGGGUGGGGGAGGGAUGAGGGAAAGGGGGGGGUUAGAUGUUCACUAUAUUGAAUUGAUGUGUAAAUGAUUAAAAGAGAGUUAUAGAUAACAAAUCCACAACUUGAACAAACCACCAAGACAUCGGUGAUGAAUAGAAACCUGAAACCAGUGACAAUGUUGAUAAGAGUUAUUCAUAUUAAUUAAUCUGUGGAGAGAAUGUAUGUUUGUGUUGUAUAGAUAUCACUUUGAACAGAUAUAUAAUAUAGACUGAAAUGUUUCUUGUUUCCUAUUGAUCUGCCCCGCCCACAAUUUUAUGCCCCGCCUCCCUACAUCAGCAAACCAGAUUCACACCAGCCAAUCGUGAAGCUGUUCAGACUGGGUCCACACCGAGAACAAUCCGAUCAAAACCAGACAAACCUAAAUGAGAACCCAUCGAAGAAGCUGAUACAGCAUCUGCCAACAUCACCUCCCCGCUGCAUGUAAAUAAACAGGAAGUGAUGUCAAUCUGGGCACGUAGUAAAACCCAGUCCAGCCUACAGCAUCAUAGUGACGCCGGGUGGAAACUGGAUCCAAAAUGGCCCCUCGUCAUUACGGUUUGCACAGUUUGUGUGUUUAGCGGGCUCAGCCGAGUUUCAAUCUGCUGUCUGUUACAUUCCAGCUGCAGAAACGUCCAUCUGGAUGAUCGCUGCUGCUAAAACGAACCCAGAUCAGAUUCUACUGGCUUCUACUUUUGGUCUAAACUCAGUUAAGACCAGUCUGAUGAUUAGAGGUACUGCUAUAAUGCAAUCAAAAAUAUACAAUAGAAGAGAUCCCAGGAUCUGCAGCAGGCAUAGAAACAUAAGCAGGCAGUACAGCUCACAAGCUUUGGGGUCUUCCCCUCGACAGGCUUCCAGAAGUUGGCCAAUUAGAAAGUGCAAGUGGGUUUUUGGGGAGGGGGAGCCUAAAAAUACAGGAGCUGAAACGGCUUGUUUCAAACAGAUGAGGUACUGAGGGGCUGCGUAAAGGCCAAGUAUGGGAUGAUUAUUUGAACUGCGACUUAUGCAAAGCUUCUGACUUUGGAUUGUUCUCAUGCUUUUGAGAUGCAAAGAUAAUCAGAGGUUUAACAGCCGUUUCCACCACAUGGUGAAUAUCUUUACCUGGCUUUCUAAAGGAAAUGUGGACAAUAGCUAACGAUUGCAUCCUGAUGCAGUUCCAGGUUGUUGCGCCAUGAGUUUUUCAUAUUUGAUGGGGGUAAAUUCACCCACUCAGAAAGUCAUUUUUUUCCAUUCUGAAUCCAAAUAAUUGUGCUAUAAAAAAUCUAGAGUAGAAAGUGUUUCUGUUAAAAGCUUCCUCUUGGACUUCCUGCUUCCUUGACCAGAUACAGAUCUCGUUUAUUGGCUUUAAAUCUUCAGAUGGACGUUCCUGUCAGCGAGCUACUAUGGCGUGUUGAUGUUUUGUUUACAUUUUGUUUUAAUUUGUCUUCUGUCAGCCAAUCGAGUCUUUCUGGGAAGUUCCGGGUCUAUAAAAAAGUGAUGCUUCUUCCUCUUCUUCUUCUUCUUCUUGGGUUGUUUUUCUUGAAAGUGAAGCUGUUUUUAGCGUCGGUAUCUUCCUCCCGCAUGGUGACGUGUUUUCUGCUCGUGUCGUUCGGUAUCUGAAGAUCAGUGUGAUUCUACUUCCUGUUUCCUGUACAAGUGUGUGUGUGUGUGUGUGUGUGUGCGUGCGAGCGUGUGAUCAUUACCUGUCCGUAUUUCAUUUGCUCUUUGAAUCCUUUUUUCUCAUCUGUUAUACUUUUAUGCUCUUCCUUCCUGUUACCGUCUUUUUACGUCCCCCUUCAUUCACUCUUCUUUCCUUCUUUUUACCCUCCCUCUUUUAGUCUUCAUCUCCAUCCUCUCCGCCUCUGUGAUGUAUCCUCCUGUGUCACAAUAUUCUACUCGGCAUCAGUAACCAUGGCGAUGGUGUUGACAGUGAUGAUGUGCGUGACUUGUUGCUAUGGAGACAUCCCCCACCAAAAUCCCCCUGCUGUGUUUAUUCAGUGGAAAGUUUCAAUAAAUGACAAACUCAUCUCA